GCAAUAUUCGUUACGAUAGUUUAUUAAUAAUAUUUGCGAAUUCCCUAAGUAAAAAAUAUAGACACUCAUCGCAUCAUUUACCAAUGAUUCGAGCUCGAUUGCGGCUUGUAAGUCGCCUACUGACAGAGAUGAGAAAUAUUAAUAAUGAUAUAACAUCUUUGACUUCUAUGUACGAUCCAAAAUAUUACGAUACUUUUUUAGAUGCCGUAAAUAUUGUUGCAAAAUAUAACAAAGAAAAAGAUGUCUAUGAAAAACCUGCCAAUGCAUCUAAUCUUGGAACUUACGUAAAGAAUAUUGGUGAAAUUUUAAUAAUGGAAUGUAUAAAAAAUCAUAACGACGCUACGAAAAAAAAUACAGAAAACUUUUUAAAACUAUUAACAGUUGAUUAUGGAGCAAGUGUUAAUAAAACUGUAACCGAAUCUCAAACUCAAUUUAAAAGACAUAAGAUUACAAAACUUCCUACAAUGGAAGACAUAAAAAUAUUACGGAAUCAUCUACUAAAAGUGCAAAGAACAUCGUACAAUAGUUUAAAAAAGAAAUUUUCAUUAUCUGCUUGGAUGUCUCUUGGAAAAGCUACUUUAAUAUCAAUGCAAUUAUUUAAUCGCCGCCGGCCAGGAGAAACAGAACGAAUAUUAAUUUCUGAUUUUAAAACUCAUUAGAGAAUUAAUGAAAGUAUCGAAACUUUCAAUAAAUUAUCUGAAGAUAAAAGAGAUCUAGCACAAAAAUAUGUACGAUUUUGUUUACGAGGAAAGUUAGGAAGAACUGUUCCUAUAAUAUUAGAUGAAAUUAAUUUGGAAUGUGUACAAAUGUUUUUACAGUUUAGAAAUAAAGCCAAAGUACACCCAGAAAAUCCUUACUUAUUUGGUAUUCCAGGACAUGAUAAAGCUAUUGAUAAAUAUUUAAAGGCGUAUCGAGCCAUGUUGGAUUUUGCUAAAGAGAGCGGAACCGAAUUUCCUGAUACAUUACGUGGUACUACACUCAGAAAACAUAUAGCCACAAUGGGAAUUACUCUUAAUUUAACAGACAAUCAGAUUACUGAUCUGGCUCAUUUCAUGGGGCACCAUGAGAAAAUACAUAUGGAAAUAUACAGAAAACCGGAAAUAGUUAAAGAUAUUACAGAAGUAUCACAGCUUCUAGAGGCUGCACAAGGCGUAAGAGAUGCAGCAAACAAUUUAAUGGGGAAAGCGACAGUGAGAAUGAAAUUGAUAACAGCACAGAAAUCACAGCUAGUGAAACGUUUAAUAAAAUUGAUUAUUUGCAACAAUCGAGUGAUAGCUCAUUAUCAACCCCAACGUAUAAAAAACGUACAAAGACUGAAAUAAAAGCUGUAAAAAAAAAACGCAGAUCAGAAGGUAAGGAUGUAAUUUACUGUGUAUAUUCUAUCAAGAAGCCAAUAGUUAUUUGAUAUUGACACUAGAAUCGCCGAUGCCACUUUAGAUCUGAUGAUCAAUUUUCCUUUCUUGUAUUAGAUAGAUACAGAAUAUUGAAAAUAUGUAAAUAUAAUAAAAAUAGAGUUCUA